UCCACGAUCUUUGCGCCACUGUCCAACGGACCGACUACAUCCGGGUAACUGCGGUUGACCUUGGUUGGUUGAUCAUCAUGGCGGCCAUCGUUCGGUUGAGCUCUGUUUGUCGCAGAGGAGUCAAACCUCUGUUCUACCAGGCCACCUUGUUGGCCCGGCCGCUGGUCGUUCCUCACCAGGAGCCCCACCAGCUGACAGCCAGGAUCCACAACUCACAGGCUCUCAGUGCUGGCUCCGCCUCCAAGGCCGCCUCCUUGCACUGGACCGCAGAGCGAGCAUUGAGCGUGGCGCUGCUCGCCAUGGGACCCGUGGCCUACUUCAACCCCUGUCCCGUCAUGGACUACUCGCUGGCUGCUGCCCUGACCCUGCACGGACACUGGGGGCUCGGUCAGGUGCUGACGGACUACGUUCACGGGGACACAAAGAUCAAGAUGGCCAACGCCGGCCUCUUCCUCAUGUCCACCGUCACCUUCGCCGGCCUUUGCUACUUCAACUACAACGACGUGGGCAUCUGCAAAGCCAUCGCGCUGCUCUGGAGCAAAUGAACCAGACCGGUGGACCCGGGACCUGGACCUGGACCGGGACCUGGACCUGGACCGAUUUCUGUAUAAAAAUUCAAGGUGUUCGAUGUAAAUUCUUAUAAAUAUAUCAUUUUUGACAAUAUAAGUGUCAUUGUAGCAGUUUCUUGCUCCAAAACAUCAUUUUUUCCUCCGAUGGAGAUUAACUCCUUUAAGACGAGAUGAUUCAUGUGCGGUUACAAAUAUACAAUAUCAAAAACAUUUAUGACGAAUCUGGCUCGGAACGUACUUUAAUUUAUUUUGUGUUCGGGUCCCUUUAUUUUAUUUUGUAGCUGAUUUCUUCAAUCUUUUGUUUUUCGAUCACAAUGUGUACAUAAUGUUAUCUUUGUGCCCGUGAACCAUCAGUGCUGGUGUGUCUCCAUCUCAUCGGCCCGUUGGGAUUAAUAAACGUCAGGAAGCGCUUCGUGAAUUCAAAUCGUCGCGUAUGAAUCACAAGCUCCUCCCACUUUGAGUCAGCAGACGCUUUUAUUUUGAAAGGCACAUUUCAGGCUCUUUUUGCUGGUGUGUGUGUGAGGUUCGAUGAGCCCGGCUUGUGAUCUCUGCACAUUUACUCGUAGCCUUUUAAUAAACACGUUGCAUGCAGCUUUUAUUUUUGUACCGCUGGAAAAAAAAUAAACAAACAACUGGAUUCAA